AUGGAAAUUACUUCACCAAAUAGGUCCGACGGGUCACUGGAACCUUCGGAAUCUGUCAUUCUUACACCAUUUAAAGAGAGAGCCCUUGAGGAGCAACGAAUAAGAGAUAAUUUAAUACUGUCAUUGACCCCAGGUUUAAAGCGACAAUCUGAAGUACAGGCAAGUGUGGCUCCAUUAAAUAAUGAUAUAGUGGAGAUACAAUCAUAUUUACGAGACCUGAGUAGUGCGUUAGCCUCGAGAGGAGGAGGGAAGAAUUUAACUUCGCAAUUGUUAUCGCAUACUGUAGGUCAGGAUUCAUCAGCCUCAUUUAAUAAUAAUCAUGGUAAUGAUAACAACCCCGAAUUAUUUAAUACAGAAAUUCAGGAUUCCUCGUUUAAUAUUAGAGUAAAUACGUUUAAUAAUGCUGAUGAUUCAUUAUUGGGGCAAGAAAUCCGUGAAUUGAAUGAGUUGACACAAGAAACACCUUCAGACGAGCCAGUACCUCAAUCCAGGUUAGACACUGAUUACGUUGGACAUAAUGUUAUUGAAUCUCCAUCUAAUGGAAAUAAUACCAAAAGUAUAGAGGUUGAGAUUGAACAAGAUAACAGUCCAAUGACUUUAUCUCAACAGAUCUUAUCUAGAAUACCGAAACAAAGAUCAGGUGCCAAGAUACGAAAACUUGAACCAGUUCGUAUAGGUGGUAUUAUGGCACCAAGCACCACAAAUAACAUUGAUUUACGAAAGGAUACUGUGAAGAACCCAUUUGUUACUGAGUCUCACCCUCGAUUGGAGCCUGAACCUGAACUGGACCCUAUUCCUUUCAAUGAUAAGGAUAAACUAGAGACAUUUGAUAUAGAUAUGGAACCCAGCUUACCCCAUAUACCUGAGAGUCCAGAAUCAGAUACCCAUAAAAACUACAUUUCAAAUCCUAUCUCAAAGUAUGAAGAAUCACCUCAGAGGGAAUUUAAUAUCCCAGAUAGUCCUCAUUUUGAGAAUAACGAUGUAUUUGAAGAACCUACAAUUCAAGCUGAUAUCAAGCCCAUUGGUAUAAGACAAUUACAUGAUUUAUUUGACAAUUUUUUGAUCUUGAGCAAUAUCAAGCUUAAAAACAAAUCUUGGAAGGCCCUUCAGGAGGCAUCAUCACAACUUCUGAAACAAUUCACUACCAAUCUUGAUAACGGUAACGGUCUAAUUGUUCCUAAACGAACCAAAAUAAUUGAUAUGUUACAGAAAUAUGACGUAGUUUCAUUGAAUGCAUCAGAGAGUGAAAUAUAUCGUUUGUGCUCACCUUAUUUGACUAUUGAAGAGAUGAAUGAGUUGGAAAUGGAAUGGUUUGGUAUGGUUGACUCAUUAAGAUAA